GCCUGUUGGUGAGCCUUUGCCUGCAAUAUCUGUUAUCCGGUCUGCACAAAGACGCACGCAGAUGGGUCAAUGCGAAUGUUAUCUAUCGUUGAACCUUACUUCUUGCAACAUUUGAUUUACUCUCUCUUUUCGACAUUCCAACUCCUCAUUCUGCCCUUGCACACUCGAUUCAUUCUCAUUCCACUCAGCAAAAGACAAAAACCAAAUGACGCGCGUCAACCUCGAUGGACUACAAUCAUUCUACGCGUUGAGUAAUGCGCGUCAAAUCCCUCUUCUCGGUCUCGGGGUCUACCUCAUAGAGCCGGGCAAAGCAACCGAGGACGCCGUCCUCUGGGCACUGCAGGCAGGAUAUCGUCAUAUCGACACGGCAUCCAUGUACCGCAAUGAAGUCAGCGUUGGCAACGCUAUCCGAAAGAGUGGUAUCCCUAGAGACCAGAUCUUCGUUACAACCAAGCUGUAUGACCAUGACCAGGGCUUCGAAUCCGCUAUUUCGGCGUGCGAACUCUCUCUGGAGAAACUCGGCUUGGACUAUAUCGAUCUGUAUCUUAUCCACUCGCCUAACCCUGGACCGGAGCGUCGCAAUGAUUCUUGGAAGGCGCUGCAGAAGCUGGUUGCCCUGGGCAAGGUUAAAAGCAUAGGCGUCUCGAACUAUGGAGUGCAUCAUCUGAAGGAACUGUUGGGGUCUAAUCCGACGAUUCGACCAGUUGUCAAUCAGAUCGAGGUGCAUCCGUGGCUCACCCGCGAGGAAAUUGUCUCGUUUUGUGAGUCUCAGCAUAUCGCGGUUGAGGCCUACAGUCCUCUCAGUCGUGGACACAAACUGGAGGAUCCAAUGCUGGGUAAGAUUGCAGCAAAGUACUCAAAGUCACCAGCACAAGUACUGGUCCGCUGGAGUCUUCAAAAGGGAUACAUUGUCCUACCCAAGAGUGCUCACAAGGACAGAAUCGAGCAAAAUGCGGAUGUGUUCGAUUUCGAUCUGGCAGAUGGAGAUAUGAAUGUGAUGGAUUCUUUCAACGAGGGCUAUGUUUCUGGUUGGGAUCCGACUGUUGCGCCUUAGAUUUCCCUCAUGGCUCAUAGCCUUGGCUACAGCGCCUUCAAUAGCACCUUUAACAGCGCUUGCAAAGCGAAUUGGAUGCGAAACAAGUCCAGGAUAGCCUUGUGAACACAGCACCGGCUUUGCUGCAGAUGUACAGAGACGAAAUUUUAAUAAAAAGAACA